UAAUAAUAAAAAGAUCUGACCUUGAUUCUUGAUGACUCACAGCCAAGUGAUCAAAGGGUACCCCAAACGUGUCAUUCCAAUCCUCCAUUGACUCGACCUGGUUCUGUUCAUUUUGGUUAUAUUCUUUGGUAUCAUCAUCCCACAUUCCCAACUUGUUAUCCCUAAUUCGUGGAAUAUUAUAUAUUCCUCUACUUCACCUUCAUACGCAACAAUAACAGAAGCAAAAAAGAAAAGGGUUCUCUGCUCACUAAGUUUUAUUCUUUUAUCAUUUCAUUUGAUCGCCAAAAAAAGAAAAGCUUAAUCCAAAUUGAAGAGGAAAAAAAAAAAGGGUGCACCAUGGAUCAUGCAGCUGAUGCUCAUAGAACUGAUUUGAUGACCAUCACUCGCCAUGUCCUUAAUGAACAAACCAAGUACCCUGAAUCUCGUGGUGAUUUCACCAUCUUGCUCAAUCAUAUUGUUCUUGGCUGUAAAUUCGUUUGCUCUUCUGUUAGCAAGGCGGGUCUUGCCAAACUAUUUGGACUUGCUGGAGAAACCAAUAUCCAGGGUGAAGAACAAAAGAAAUUGGAUGUGCUUUCUAAUGAAGUUUUUGUUAAGGCUUUGAUUAGCAGUGGAAGAACAUGCCUCCUGGUUUCUGAGGAAGAUGAAGAAGCUAUAUUUGUGGAUCAAUCAAAGCGUGGAAAAUACAUUGUUGUUUUUGAUCCAUUGGAUGGAUCCUCAAACAUUGAUUGUGGUGUUUCCAUAGGAACUAUAUUUGGGAUUUAUAUGGUGAAACAUAAAGACAAUCCCACCAUUGAUGAUGUAUUACAACCCGGAAAUAAUCUCGUAGCAGCCGGUUAUUGUAUGUACGGAAGCUCCUGCACGUUAGUGCUAAGUACUGGGAGCGGCGUUAACGGUUUCACUCUCGAUCCAUCUCUAGGGGAGUUCAUAUUAACUCAUCCCGAUAUCAAGAUACCUAAGAAAGGAAAGAUUUAUUCGGUAAAUGAAGGAAAUGCCAAAAAUUGGGAUGAACCAACUCGAAAGUUUGUUGAAAAAUGCAAGUUCCCUACAGAUGGUUCACCCCCAAAGUCCCUUAGAUACAUUGGAAGCAUGGUUGCAGAUGUUCACCGAACAUUGCUUUAUGGUGGUAUCUUUUUAUACCCUGCAGAUAAGAAAAGUCCUAAUGGGAAGCUACGUGUUCUUUACGAAGUUUUCCCUAUGUCAUUCCUAAUGGAACAAGCUGGAGGUCAAGCUUUUACUGGAAAGCAAAGGGCCCUCAAUUUAGUUCCGGGGAAGAUACAUGAACGAUCUCCGGUUUUCCUUGGUAGCUAUGAUGACGUUGAAGAAAUUAAAGCACUCUAUGCUGCUGCUGAUGCUGCAAAAUAGGAAGAAGGAAAUGCUGCAUAAACUUGUAGACUUUAUAUCAGUCUUUUUAAGCUUUUUAA